AUGAGAAGAGGGUGGGUGUCCACCUGGGAAGAGCUUCACGUCACAUCACAUAUCCAAAGCUGACUGCUUCACUCAGAAUCCAGAGUGGUCAGAGACUCCAGCUUCAAGGCCAUGUAUGUCCACAAGGACUACCCUUAUCCAGUCAAUCCCCUGACCAAGAGCUAUGGAUAUUAUUCACAAGGAGAGAUGAAUUCGGUUUGCCGGGCAAGCUGUGGUGAAGCAGAGUUGAUGUCACUUCCAGUUCAUGUGGCGCUUCAGGGGCGAGAACUGUGGGACAAAUUUAACACCAUUGGCACUGAGAUGCUCAUCACUAAAACGGGCAGACGCAUGUUUCCCAGCUGCAGAGUCACAGUGAUGGGGCUGAACCCCAAAGUCAAGUAUGUGCUGAUGAUGGACAUGGUGCCAUUUGAUAAUAACAAGUACAAGUGGAACAGGGAUCACUGGGAGGUGAGUGGCAAGUCCGAACCCCACCUGCCAAACCGCUUCUUCAUCCACCCGGACUCACCGGCUUUGGGAGAAAGGUGGAUGCAGUAUCCUAUCUCCUUCCAUAAACUUAAGCUCACCAACAACACACUCAACUCUAAAGGCCUGGUGGUGCUUCAUUCCAUGCACAAAUACCAGCCUCGUCUACACAUAGUGCAGGCUCCAGACCCCUGUGGAGGUCACAGCGGUGGAUACCUGCGAUUUACCUUCCCAGAGGCAGCCUUCAUAGCAGUCACAUCCUACCAGAACCAAGAGAUCACCAAGCUGAAGAUUGACAACAACCCCUUUGCCAAAGGCUUUCGUGACAACGGACUCAGCAGGAAAAGGUUUCGAGACAAGGAUAUGUGUCAGAGGUCAGUGUCAGGGCAGCAACAGAACAGGACACAAAAUCAUCAAGCAAGUCUAUUGGACACGGAUGAUGAGGAAGAUGAGCAAGUCUCCAGCUCAGUGGAAUCCAGUGGUGCACUGUGCCUACCGGACAUGAAAGCUGCAUCCCUGCCUGUCUCCAACCCUUUCUUAUCAGUAUUUAUCAGUUGUGGAGGAGCUGGAUUGGCCGGUGGCCAGGAGGGAUUGAGCCAGAGCACCAUUUCCCAUCAAUCCCCACAUAUACUCAACAGCAAGAACAGAGACUCCAGGAGGCCUGAUGACAAUCUCCAAUACAUGUGUGCCUCUUUGCCACAAGCCCACAUCCCCCAAAUCCCGAUGCCGCAGCAGCAGACAUGUCACCCAGACACCCAGACCCCAGCCGUACACCAGAAUUACUCAGCCCAAGGCAAAGUCCACCAAUCCCUCCGUCUACCACCCAAACUCAGCCGAAUGCAGCUGCCUGAGAGUGUCUUUACGAGCCUGGAUUCGAAUUCAAAGCCCCUGUCUGACAUUUUCAACACAAUCCAAGCACGAGUGGUGGCCAAGGAUUUACAAAUUAAUCCCCAACAUGAGCAGAUGGCCUCAGGUUCUCAUAGGGAAGCGAAAGCCCAAAUUUUCCCAGCUGUCCAGGACUGUGGUGCAGCAUUUUGCACUGAACAAGACACUGGCCAUACAACAGAGUGGCCAGAUUUCAAUGGGAACCCAGGUCAGAGUAGCACUGAGCCGAGAUCAGUGGCAUUUUCACAGCUGGGGGAAUACGCUGGAGAAAGUGCUGCUGGGAAAUAAAGAAAGUUAAGGACUCAGAUAAAAGAUAAAACAUCAACAUUCUUUCUCUGAGCAUUAUAAAAGAUGUGAAUAUA